UCCCUGAUUAUAGGACUGAAAUAAUGUUAUAACCACAACUAAUCACAUUUCAAGCAGAGAAUUCGCCACAACAUACAUUAUUUUAAUUAUUUAUAGCCCUUUUACAGACAAAACUUAAAGACAAAUCAGCUUAAUUACAACCUUAAACUCGUCAGAAAUAUUUAUUAAAGUUUCUAAAAAAAAAUUAGAGCAAGAAUGGAUCAGGCUAAAGCCAAUUACCAAGCCGGUGAAGCCAAGGGCCAAACAGAGGAGAAAGCUAACCAAAUGAUGGACAAGAUUAGCAACACUGCCGAAUCUGCUAAGCAAUCGGUUCAGGAGACCGGGCAGCAGAUGAAGGCCAAGGCAGAAGGAGCUGCUGAUGCUAUCAGGGAUUCCACUGGAAUGAACAAGUGAACUCAUUUAGCAUUUAGGAUAAAUAAAUAUUACUAUUUUUUUUUUUGCUGUUUAAUUUAAUUUGUCUCUAUAAAUAUGAGGCAGGUGAUUGUUUUUUUUUUUUUUUUGAUUUAUUUGGAUGAUAUAAAUUGAUUUAAUAAUGUUUUUUUUUUAUCAAAUAGUUUAGUUGGGCUUUUUUAGGCCCUUUAUUUUGAAAAUAAGAGCACCCCAAAACUGAUUAUUUAAACGAAUCACACAGUAAUAUAGCCCACAAACUGGA